AUGGAUAGGAGGGAUGAAGUUUUGGCUUCCACCAGGCCUUUCUUUGAUAGUAAACCUGUAGUGCUGAAACCUUGGACCCAGGAUAUGGAUUUUACAAAAGAGGACCUGAGAUCUGUCCCUAUUUGGGUGAAAUUGCACCAACUGGAUUUCAAAUACUGGGGUGAGAGAAGCCUUAGAAGGAUUGUGGGGAGGUUGGGAGUGAUGAAACAUGUAGAUAAUGCCACUGCAAAAAGGGAUAAACUCCAAUUUGCAAGGGUUCAGAUUGAGGUCUUGGUUGAGCAGUCUUUCCCUGAAACAAUUAAGUUUAUCAAUGGGAGGAAGGAGUUAAUGGAGGUAAGGGUGGAGUAUGAAUGGAGACCAGUAGUAUGUGCUCACUGUAAGGGGGUUGGUCAUGAUGUGGCCAAAUGUAGGAAAGCUACUGGGAAAAGGGUGUGGGUUCCAAGACAAAAUAAUGCUAACACUAGUGUGGUGAAUGUUAACACUGGUGUGGUGAAUGUUAACACUGGUGGGGUGAUUAGCAGGAACACUGGGGUAGUGAUUGCUAACACUGGGGUGGUGAAUAGUAGGAGUACUGGGGAGGAGAUUGAUAAUACAGAUGCAGAGAGGUUUACUCCUGUGAUGAACUCAAGCAGGAGAGCCAUGUCAAGACCUUUGAGGGUCAAUACUGCUAAUCAGUUCCAGGUUUUAGGAGGGGAAAUAGAUGAGAGGGGUGUUAUGGGUGAUGACAACCAGCAAAAUGAGGUGAGAGCUCUGUUUCAAUCUCAUGGUGCUGGUGUUGUUGGUCUCCUGGAAACCAAGGUGCCUAUUGCUAAGCUUGGGGCCUUGUAUAUUAAUAUGUUUAGUGGAUGGUGUUUCACCUCAAAUAGUAGUAAGUGUAAGGGGGGAGAGUUAUUGUGGCUUGGAAUCCCAACUCUUCCUAAUCUAACAGUGUUGGGCAUGUCUAGCCAAAUGAUUCACUGUCUUGUGUGUCCAGGGGGGGGGGGGGGGAAUGAGUUCAUGUGCACUUUUAUCUAUGCCUUUAAUCAACACUCUAGAAUAGAAGAAUUGUGGAAGGAUUUGUGUGAAAUUGGGAUAAAUUGUACCAAACCUUGGGUGGUCAUGUGUGAUUUCAACUGUGUGUUGAAUGUGGAUGAGAGAGUGGGGUCCCCUGUUAGACACCAGGAGAUGGUGGAUUUUAGAAACUGUGUAAAUACUUGUGGAAUGGAGGACAUUAAGGCUGCAGGUCACUUUUACACAUGGAGUAACAAGCAGGCUGGUGAUGCUAGGGUUUUCUCUAAAAUAGAUAGGGUGAUGGCAAAUGAUGUGUGGGUUCAGCUGUUUCCCAGUGCUGUAGCUGAGUUUUUGUCUGAGGGAAUGUUUGAUCAUUGCCCUAUGGUGGUUUCUGUCUACCCCACUCACAAUGCUAAAAGACCAUUCAGGUAUUUUGACAUGUGGAAAAUGGCUGAAGGGUAUGAAGAUCUUGUUGCUAGUAACUGGAAGAAGGAUGAUGCUGGUGCACUGAUGUAUAAGGUGGUGCAGAAGCUGAAAAGAUUAAACGGGGCAUUUAGGAAGCUGAACAAGGAGGGUUUUAAUGACAUCCAUGUAGCUGACUUGAAAGCUUUCAAUGAGUUACAGCAAUGCCAAAAGGAGUUGCAUGAUCAACCAGGUGAUAGGGGACUUGCAGAUAAGGAAGCUGAUGCAGCAAGCAAGUAUAGAGUGACUCAUGCAGCUUACCUGUCUUACUUGAGACAGAAAGCUAAGGAGAGGUGGAUUAAGGAGGGUGAUGAGAAUAGUGCUCUAUUUCAUAAAAGCAUAAGAGCUAGGGUAAUGCACAACUCUGUGUAUUCAAUUCAUGAUAUGCAUGGUCAGUGGGUGAAUCAAGCUACUGCAGUCAAUGAUGCUUUUUUGCUUGGUUCUGCUAGUGCUCAUAGAAGCCAGAUUAUGCUAGAUAUUGUUAAUGUUGGUCCUGUUCUGGAUCAGACUCAGGGGCAACAACUGGUUAUGGCUUUCACUGGGGAGGAAGUGAAGAGUGCCAUGUUCUCUAUUGAUGGAGAUAAGGCCCCAGGACCUGAUGGUUUUGGUAGCCACUUUUUCAAAGAGAAUUAG